UUAGCUGCGCCAUUCGUUAAAAAAUAUUUACACACUGAGUAGUAACUAGAGGUGUUUUAUUUUUAAUAGCACGUAAUGUUUUUUGUAUGCAUAUUUUAUGCACACCAACUCACAUGAUUUCCACUAACAUUUUGUAAUUGUUCUGGACUAGCAACAGGUGCAUUUUUAAAAAAUUUAAAAAAAAUGGAAAAUGAAGAGUUGUGGGUCAAAUACAAGGGAGAUUUUUACAACAUCUAUAAUUUCUUGACAAAGCAUCAUCCUGGCGGUAAAAAUUAUAUUCGACCAUACAAAAACAAGGACGUCACCUCAACCAUGGAACGCACCCAACAUUCCAAAACGGCUUAUAAGAUUUUACAACAAUACAGAGUUAUUGAAGGUGAUUCUGGUUCCAAGAAACAAGAAGAUCUAGAAACUUUAAUUGACUGGAAUAAACCUAUGGUGGGCCAAAUACACCAUCUGGGUGAAAAAUACAAAGAAUGGGUUCAUCUCCCCGUUAACAAAAAAAUGCGCAUAUUUGGUAACCCGAUUUUGGAACGCUUUACAAUAACUCCAUGGUACAUGGUGCUAAUAUGGAUUCCAAUUAAUAUUGGUUUAUUUGUCCACGGAACUCGGAGAUACAUCGAGUUGACACAAGCGACGGCCCCACUUCUACCAAUCCUGUUGCUGAUUUUAUCGGGAAUAUUGUCUUGGACGUUGUUAGAGUAUUCAGUACAUAGAUGGGUAUUCCACAGAGAACCCUCGGGUAAAAGUAUGAUCAUGAUUUACGUACAUUUUUUCUUGCAUGGCAUUCACCACAAGAUACCUUUCGACUCACAAAGAAUAAUAUUUCCGUUUUUACCAGCCUCUCUUAUUGCUUUUGGACUUUUUCAACUAGGAGCGAUUUUCACACCUGAGUCGAUCAGAUUUCUUGUGUGUGUGGGUUUCAUAACAGGUUACGUAAUGUAUGACUUGUUUCAUUGUUAUUUACACCACUGUUCCCCAAAAGAAGACACUUACGCCUACAACAUGAAGAGAUACCACAAUCAGCACCAUUUUGCACGUAGUGACCGCGGAUUUGGAAUUAGUACCGACUUUUGGGACAAAAUUUAUGGAACAGCGAUUGCGUUGAAAAAACUCCCUAUAGCUAUCAAGUGGUAACUUCCAGACGUGUCUGCUUGUAUUCAAGUGGUAGAUAUAUCAUUGCUUUGAUACUUAUAUUAGUUAUAUUAUAACACAU